AUGGAGUUCAAUCCAGGUCUUCUUCAACAGAAUUCUCUGGCCUUAUUUGUCUUGUGUGGUGCCCAUAAUUUGAAUUUGAUAUUAGCUGACGCUGCCAAGGGCUCCCUAGAUGCAACUUGUUACUUCGGAUAUUUAACGAAAGUAUUCACAUUGUUUUCAGUCUCUCCUCAGAGGUGGCAAGUUCUUAUAAAACAUGUCAGUAUUUCUCUGAAAUCGUGGUCAGACGUCAGAUGGGAAAGACGAGUAAAAAAUGUGGAGGCAAUUAGAUAUCAACCUGCACAAAUCAGAGAAGCGCUUUUGAAACUCAGAGAAUGUGCAACUGACCCUGUCAUCAAAGUUGAGAUUCAAUCGUUGGCAGAGGAAGUAGGGUCAUACCGUUUUGUCAUUUGCUCAAUUGUGUGGUAUGAUAUACUCAGCAAAAUUCAGCACGUGAGCAAACUAAAGCAGUCGAUUACGAUGCAGCUCGGCGUGGCUGUAGAUCUGCUAAAGAAGACCAGAGAUCAUAUUGUCAGCUACAGAAAUACAGGUUUUGCUGAUGCACUAACUACUGCUAAAGAAAUCUGUGAAGCGAUGAACGUAGACACCGUGCUGAAACAGAAGAGACUAAAAACUAAAAAAUGCCACUUUAGCUAUAAGUGUGCAGACGAACCUGUCAGCGAUGCACUCAAGAGGAUGGACACUACAUUUUUCAAUGUGGUAAUGGACACUGCGAUUUCCUCUCUUAAUGAGAGGUUCAAGACCUUGGGCGAGGUGAAUGGAAAGUUCAAGGUAUUGUUAGGGUUCACGGACAUGUCUGACAAAGACAUCGUCGAUCACUGCCAAACCCUCAACAACACGCUUACUCAUGAGGGACACUCAGACAUUGAUGGAAGGGAACUGGCCAUGGAGCUGCAGAGUGUCCCAGAUUUGCCUUCCAAGAGAAGACAACAAUGGAUUUUCUCACCUUCCUGCAUGAAAAGAAACUUACUGAAGUAUUCCCGAACUUGUGGGUAG